AUGAGGCGAAGGAGCGCAGAUUUUCGAAGGCCAGGGAGGAGGAGGCUCCAGGAUGUGGUGUGGUGGACAUCUUGUAGCGUUUUGCUUCUUUUCUUUAUUUAUAUUCUCACCAAAGGCUCCACCAAUAUUGACUCUACUUACCAAUUCUCAAGGAGAACUUUCAGACAUGACAGGGUUAUUGAAGGCUUCAAUGUUACGGACGAGAUGUUAAGCCCUGAGUCUGUGACCAGACAAAUUAAUGAUCAAAUCUCACUAGCAAAAGCUUUUGUUGUAAUUGCCAAAGAAAGUAAUAACCACCAAUUUGCUUGGGAGUUAACUUCUCAGAUCCGCAUUUCACAGAUUUUUCUCUCAAAUGCUGCCACGAGGCGUACUCCAUUAACAGUAAAGGAAUCAGAAUAUGCUAUUCGUGAUAUGGCAUUAUUACUAUUUCAGGCCCAGCAGCUCCAUUAUGACAGUGCGAGCACUAUCAUGAGACUGAAAGGAAAAAUUCAAGCUCUUGAAGAACAGAUGAAUUCUGCAAGUGAGAAGAGUUCGAAAUAUGGACAAAUAGCUGCUGAAGAAGUCCCAAAGAGCCUAUAUUGCCUUGGUGUCAGGUUGACAUCUAAAUGGUUCACGAAUCUUAGCUUGCAGAAGAAUUUGAAGGACCAAAGACAAGUGGACAUGAAAUUGAAGGAUAAUGAUCUUUACCACUUCUGUGUCUUUUCGGAUAACAUCCUAGCUACCUCAGUUGUGAUCAAUUCUACUUCAAUAAAUUCCAAAAAUCCAGAUAAGAUUGUUUUCCACCUUGUCACAGAUGAAAUAAAUUAUGCUGCAAUGAAGGCAUGGUUUUCUUUGAACGAUUUUCGAGGGGUGACAGUUGAAGUUCAAAGGUUUGAAGACUUCAGUUGGUUAAAUGCUUCAUAUGUUCCCGUGCUUAAGCAGCUUCAAGACUCAGAGAUACAGAACUAUUACUUCAAAGGCAACAGUGAUGAAGGCAAGACUCCCAUCAAGUUCAGGAAUCCGAAAUAUCUGUCCAUGCUUAACCACCUGAGGUUCUACAUCCCGGAAGUUUUUCCUGAGCUGAAGAAGGUGGUGUUCCUGGAUGACGAUGUUGUGGUUCGGAAGGAUCUUUCUGAUCUUUUUACUAUUGAUUUGAAUGGCAAUGUUAAUGGAGCCGUUGAGACAUGCAUGGAGACAUUUCAUAGAUAUCAUAAAUAUUUGAACUACUCACACCCUCUAAUAAGACCACAUUUUGACCCUGAUGCUUGUGGAUGGGCAUUUGGGAUGAAUGUGUUUGAUUUGGUUCAAUGGAGGAAUAGGAAUGUGACCGGAAUCUACCACUAUUGGCAAGAAAAAAAUGCAGACAGGACAUUGUGGAAACUUGGUACCUUGCCACCUGGUUUGUUAACCUUUUAUGGGCUUACUGAGCCCUUGGAUCCAUCAUGGCAUGUGUUGGGUUUUGGCUACACAAAUGUUGAUCCUCAGUUGAUAGAAAGAGGGGCUGUUCUACACUUCAAUGGGAACUCCAAACCGUGGUUGAAGAUUGGGAUGGAGAAGUACAAGCCUCUGUGGGAAAAAUACGUGGAUUAUUCUCACCCUAUAUUGCAACAGUGUAAUUUUCAUUGA